GGUAGAAUCACUGCUAUGGAGACUCUUGGCCUAAGGAAGACUCAGUCCUUGAGGAAUCUCUCUGGGGCUCAGGAAAGAUCUUGGAUCAUGUCAUCGACAGCUAACUGGAACAGGAAGUCUGUCUCUCAGCUGGUGCAGCAGUACCAAAGCUGUGCGGACCUAAGGAGUUCAGAAAAAUCAGAGCAAGGAUUUGAGGAUUCAGAAACCUGUGCGGACAGCCGUUGGAAGAGGCUGGACAGCAGGGAGACUGGGAGCCUCUGGAGUAAUAUGUCCAGGAGUCGCUCCAUGGACUUCCUCCCUCAGAGAGAGACUACUGGGACCAGAGCUCUGCGGGCCCUGUUUGAGUCCAAAGCCACCCUGCAGCAGGACUACCACAGCAGUCCUCGACUGAACUGCCUGCCCUCUGCCAGUGGGAAAACAGUGAGAGACGGUCCUCUGCAGGACUGGAGAAGUUACAACACCCUGCAGAAGGAAACUUCGGUUCUGAGAACAACCCAGGUGGACGGACGAAAGGCCACAAAUGGCCUCCCAGAGAGUCACAACACAAGAUCCAGACAUACACAGGAUAACAAAUAUAAUUCAACACUAAGCAAAGGAGGUACUUCAGUAGGACAAACCAGAGACAGGAUAUCUACGUCAUCGUCGUUUAAAGACAGACUAGCUCUAUAUCUGUCAAGAACAGCGACCAUCGACUCAGUGGAAGUCUCCAAACAGCCAGAGUUUAGAGGAACUCUACGAGCAAAGUCAAAAAGCAAGAUGGAUGACGCAGAAAGGAAAAUCACUGUUUCACAACCAUUCAGUGAUGAAUACGACUUACCUCCUCCCCCGCCUCCUCCUGUACAACCUAGACCCUUUGAGUAUGAAGGACCAAUGUCUCUAAGUAGCCUCCCUGUGCCUCCACCUAAAGAAACAUUCUCCACGUUCUACCAGCAACGGAAUAAAAGUGAGCUAAAGAGGCUCUUUAAACACAUUCACCCUGACCUGCGAGCAAGUCUCGAUGAUGCUGUUGAUGAUGAGAUACUGAAAGCAGUGCAGUCAGAGUCCACUGAGGCAGCAGACGCAGCUUAUCAGGGAGAAGUUCAGUCUAUGAGAUGGAUCUUUGAAAACUGGACUCUUGACAAUAUUGGAGAUCCUCAUGAAACAAAAAAACUGUUGGAUAUGGAGGAGCUAAAAGGUGGAGAUGUUAGAAGCACCUCUACAAUGUUUGAGCCCAUUGACAGCAAGCAGCACAUACCAGCACAAAGACAGAUGUCUGUCAGAGGGGAUGUGAGAACAUCAACAUGGUUGUUUGAAACCCAGCCAUUAGAUUCCAUUAGUAGAGCCAAAAGUGGAGAAGCCGAACUGGUAGAGGCACUCCUAAAAGAACCAAUACAGCCUGGUGAUGUAAGAGGGACCAGGUUACUCUUUGAGUCCAAACCACUGAGUGACUUAGGCCGAUGCAAUUCUAUCGAAGAUUGUAGCGUCCUGAAACUGAAAUCGGAGCUUCAAGAGCAGAAAGGAGAUGUCAGAAAAACUGUAAAACUAUUCGAGACAGAACCCUGCUGUGCCAUCAGAGACAAGAAUGGUAGUAUCCAUGAGAUUAAAUCUAUCUGCAGGGAGGAAAUCAACAGUGGCAAACUCAGUACUGCCCGCUGGCUUUUUGAAACCAAGCCAUUGGACAUGAUAAAUAAAGGAAGUGAUGAAGUGAAAAUAAUCCGGGGUAUAUCUCUGGAGGAGGGGCAUAGAGGGGGUGUUGACCAGAAAAGGUGGAUUUUUGAAACUCAGUCAAUCGACGCAAUAAAAGAAGAUGCAGGAGUAAACACAUUUGAAGGAAUAUUCACCGACAGCUCAGGGGGGUCUGAUGUUGUCAAUAAAGACAGACUGGAGCAAGAAAGAAUAAUUGGAGGAGAUGUCAAAUCUUCCAUGUGGCUGUUUGAAACUCAGCCCAUGGAGGCAAUAAGUGAUACCUAUGAAGUAGGACGUCUGAAGAAAAUCACUCUUUCAGCUGAAGAACAAGGGGAAGUAAAAGGAAAAAGACUAAUGUUUGAAAAUGGCAGCUUUCAGAAGACAAACUCCUUUAGAGAACAAGAGAUUGAAAAGGGCGAUGUAAAGGGAUUCAAACAACUUUUUGAGACAAUCCCCUUAAGUAGAAUUACCCAGUUUGAUGGGGACAUAGCUGAGAGGCAGAAAACAGUUCUAGGUAACAAGGCAGAGAUGGAAACCAACCCCCUAUAUGCAAUCAAGGACAGCUCUGGAAACCUUCAUGCGGUCACAACAGUCAGCCGAGAGGAAUUCAUCAAGGGGAAAGUCAAAAACUACAAGUGGAUGUUUGAGACCAAGCCUUUAGAUCAGCUGACAGAUGGAAAAGAUGUUGAGGUUAUCAAAGGCAUCACAAGACAGGAGGACACCACAGGUGAUGUAAAGACAGCAAAAUGGCUUUUUGAAACUCAGACCAUUGAUGGAAUUCAUUAUAAGUUUAAUCAAACAGAACAAAGCUCUUCAGCUGAAAAUGAACCUUGCAAAGGGGAUGUCAAGAGUUGUAAAUGGUUAUUUGAGACACAACCAAUGGAUAUGCUGUACAGUAAAACGGAAACAUCCAAGGAUAAAGACUCCAUUGAGGCUGAUGUCAAGUCUAUGACUUGGCUUUUUGAGUCGCAACCCUUGGACAGCAUAAGAGAUGGUGAACCAUACAGUUUGAGGUUGUGCAGCACCAAAAAGGACUCUAUCAAACCAGAGGUUGCUGUUCAAACAGUGAAACAUUUGUUUGAAACAGAGACUUUGGAUGGAAUGAGAAAAUACUCAGAUGCAGAACCCAACUUGAGGUGCAUCAGCCAGGUCAACUUUCAAUCGGGAGAUGUGUCACGUGUCAAAGAACUUUUUGAGUCCCAAUCACUUGAUGAAAUAGGGUCUGAAAUUAUGCCAACAUCUGACGGGAAAAAUCAAGGUGAAGACAUUGAAAAAGGUGCGGUGCAUAAAGUAACAUGGAUGUUUGAGAACUGUCCCAUGAGCCAGAUUAAUAAAGAUCAAGAUGAAGAUGGACUUAGCCUGGAAAGAGUUGGAGUUCUUGAGACUGGUGAUGUACAAAACAAAAGUUUUGUCUUUGAAACCUCCUCAUUGGACAAAAUCCAAAAGGAACCACUCCAGGAGAAGUCAGUGUCUGUGGAAAAUCAAAUGGGCAAUGUUGAUGUGAAGUCUAGCACCAUGAUGUUUGAAUCCCUGCCACUUUAUGCCAUCAGAGACAAAGAAGGCCAGUUUCAUGAGGUGACCACUGUCAAAAAAGAAGAGGUAAUGAGUGGUGAUGUGAGAGGGGCAAGGUGGAUGUUUGAGACAAAACCACUCGAUGCCAUCAAGGCAGAAAAUGAAGUUUAUGUGAUUCGAGCUGUGACACAAGAAGAUGUUAAGAAAGGGGAUGUGAAAUCAGCCAGAUGGAAGUUUGAGACACAACCUCUGGAUUCCCUCACUGAUCGAGACAAACCUUCUGUUUGUGUUAGUGAUGACUUUGAAAGCAGCAGUGUCCAGGAAAACAGAAAGAUAUUUGAAUCUGACCAAUCAAGCAAGAGGCUUUUUAGAAUGGUUAGUGUCACCGAUGUGCAGCGUGGGGAUGUCAGGACCUCCACCUGGCUCUUUGAGAAUCAGACCCUCGACAGUCUGAAAGGGGAAACUGAAGAGCAGAGUCCAGCUAAAACUGUCUACAGACAAGACAGUCAGAAGGGAGACGUGAAGCGCUGCACUUGGCUGUUUGAAUCUCAACCACUGGACAAGAUCAAGGAGUCUGAAGACACUUCGGAGCAAGCUAUUGAAGAGAUACCCAAAGCUGAUGUGAAGUGUACCACAUGGCUGUUUGAGACCACACCACUGGACAAAAUCACGGCAAAAAGUGUUGCCGAGACCCUUUCCUACUUGCAUGAAAUGAAAUGUGUGCACUCCAGUGGCAUAAUAAUAGAAGCAAACGAAAUAAGUCAUGUUAAUAUGGCAAAAUAUCUCCUUGAAUGCAGCAAAGCUGUGGAGAUUCAGAAAGAGGACAUUGUCCCUGGCAACAUUAGAAACAUCAUGUUGCAACUCCUGCUCAAACCAACAAUCAUGCCACAAGUUACUCUUCUGAGAGAAGUUGAAAAAGGCCAAAUUAACACCACAAUAUUGGAGCUUCCAGUUUUGAUGUCAACAGUGACUGCCAACAUUGAGAGUGAUCAAAGAAUACAGAACAUUGCUAAGAGAAUAGAUGACUUCCUCAUUCAAGAUACAAAUUUCAAAAAAGGAAUCAUAAUGCAAGAGGCUGGAGAGGAAAAAGGAGAAAUGUCAGUCUAUUCACUUAUCUGCAGCAAUGACAUGAAAACUGAGGGUAAUGCAAUGGAAAGGGGUGAUGUUAAGACUACAAUUGGAAAUCUUUUAGCAACUGCCAAUAGUCAGAGAGCCACAACAUUGUGUAGAGUGGAUGAAAAUGAGAAGGGAAAUGUGAAUUUGUACAAAAGCUGCAUCGAAAAGGGAGAUCUCCAGUUUUUGAAGAGUCUUCAUACUGAUGAACCUGAAUGUGAAGUUGUUCCUGGACUUACAAUGAAGGAGCAAGUUGAAGCAGUACAGGGGAGUGUGCGUGAAGCAAAGAAAAGCCUCUGUCAACAAAAAGAACAGGUUGAAAGAACCGUUUGUGAUGUGUUACCAGGAGAUGUAAAAAACACCAAAAAAGUUUUCUCGUCUGAGUCCUUUUUCAGUGUUGAUAACUGUAUUCCUAAAGAAGAAAUAAUCCCAGGAGAUGUUUCUUCAGCAAAGCAACAACUGGCUGCAAAGCAAACUGUGAUCCUGGAUAAAGAGGAAGUUGUACCUGGAGACAUUAAGGCAACAAUGGAGUCAUUAGAGCGUGCAAAACAGCAAAGCAUGUGUGUGGAAAAGGAGGUCAUUAAACCCGGAACCAUCUACGAAAUGGAUUUAUCAGCUCAUGGUCCUGUCGAUGAAGGUAGCCAGCUACAGAAGGAAGUUAUCGUAUCUGGAGAUGUGAGGGCAGCAAAAAAGUCCCUUGAAAUGGCCAAACAGCAAAGCAUGCAGGCUGAGCGUGAGGUCAUUGUUCCUGGAAAAAUAUACAAUCUAGGAGUUUCAGCACAAGAGGAAUGCUCUUCAACUGUUACACAGUCUACAUGUUCGUCCUCAUCCAGAUACCAGCAAAUCAAGGCUAAUCCAAAGGUCAGUAAUGCAGAGAAGGCACAGAAAAGCAACAUUUCCUUUGAGAAUUGUCAACAAAGUGCAGUUCUAGAAAGCAAUUGUGCCCAACAAUCAAUGCCAUACAUAUGUUGUAAUUCUAUUGGCCAGACAGCUGAAGAUGAAGUAGCAGAAGUAAUUAAAGGAGAUGUGAAGGCAGCCAUUAGGUCUCUGCACAGUGCAGCAAUAGAGCCAAGGUUUUUAGAUAAGGAAAAUGUUGUUAGAGGAAAUGUGCAGUUGGCUUUGGAAUCUCUUGGGAGGUCUAGUGUAAAUGUAUCAAAGGGAGACUAUAAAGCUGCAAUGAUAUACAGGGAUUCAGGCAGGACAUGCUCGGAGAAGAGCAAGACUUUUCACAAUCAGUGUGUUAUGGUGCCUUUACCUCCAUCUGACCCAACAUUAUCUCCUUCAAUUUCAGUAACCUGUGAAGGAAAGCCAAGGAACCCUACACAGAUUUCAGCUAACAACCUCAUAGCAAAUGGAAAUCCUUUAUCACCCAGCUUGGAAAGAGCAACUUCAUCUUCACUCUUAGAAAAGAACAAGAAGCUGAACAAGCAGAAGCCAGCUUUACCCCCAAAACCACAGUGGAUUAAAUCGAUCAACAUAGAAGCAGCAAACACCUCGCCAACUCCUGGUCCCAAAGUCAUCUGUCCUGUUGGAGGAAACAUGAAAGUACAGGUUACUCCUAAACAAAACCAGCAUAUUCAUACACACCCCUUAGAUACACCAGAUGGGAAAGGGGAUGAUGAAAUAUUACAAAAUGAUGUUGAUGAAGUACCUCAAGAUUCAUAUCUAUCAAAUGAAGGCAUCCCAAUCGACUCAAACAUUCAGAAAGAUAAAAAGUUUAAAACACCUCCAAUAGAGAGUAAAUCAGGAGUUAAUCUGAGAAUGUCUAACAGUGGUAAAAUACAAACAGAAAGAAAUGUAAUCCACAAAAUAAAUGCGCCUGAGGAGAUCAAUGUGGGCAUUAAGAAUCAUACAGAGGUCGGGAAACAGGACAUGAACAUGAGCUUGAAGGCUGAUCUACAGAAUUCUGACAAAAAGAAUAAAGAAGUUUUGGACGGGAAAGAAUUGUCAUCAAGUAGGAUAAAAGUGAUUUACGAUAAUGGUUGUAACAACAAACAAACAGGGAGAAACUUGCCUCAGUACCAUGAACAUAAGCCUAACCUGCCCAGUUACCAAUCAAAGACUGAGGUGGAAACUUCCAAAAGUCAUAUGUCAGGUAAAGCAAACCAUUCACAGCCAAAUGACCAGAAACAAAACCAACAGCGCAUGUCGGAUAAGGUUGUCUUACGAGAAAAGAAAGUGAGGGAAACAGAGGAGGAAAGAUGGCAUAGACUUUCAGUGCACAAGGAUGAGAUCAUGAAAGAAAAUGUGGAGACAGCCAUGGAAAUCUUUGACAAUCUAAGGAAACGAGAAGAACUCAAGGGAAUCCUUUCUCAAGUGCAGGAGAUAGAAGGAGAGCCCUGCAGUGUAGAUGCAAGCUCCCUUAAGUCUUUGUACAACAAUGUCCCUGUUUGGAUGGUUACACCAAGAAAUGCCAAUAAAGUAAGAAAAGAGGAAAAGAAAGUUGCAGAAUUACAGGAUGAUGAUCUUGAAAGCAUUUCUUCAGUUGAAAGUGCAUUUGAAGAUCUAGAGAAAGCUAGCAAGGACAUAAUGAAGCUGAAGGAACAGACAUUAGCCAGACUUGUUGACAUUGAAGAAACAAUCAAAAAGGCUCUGUAUUCUGUUUCUAACCUGAAAUCUGAAGCAGACAUUGCAGGUUUGUCGGGACUUUUUGACGAAUCUUUGAAAUCUGAGCAAAACUUUCAACCAGUCAAUAGCAUUAGGAAAAUAAGUAUAGGGUCAAGCAAGACCAAACCCUGUUCUAGCAAAGACUUACCAGAAGAGCUCAAAAAUGCAAGCAGAAAACCAUUUAUCAGACAGCCCUCCUCUCAGUCUUCACCAUCAUUCAUCUCGAUACACUCUGCAAGGAAGCCUUCUGAGCAACAAAAACCACCAAUGUCAACAUUUAAACCAGACACAAAGGGCACUUCAUAUGGCUGCCAUGAUUCAAAGGAAGAUGUGAAUUCCUCUGUUUCUGAAUCCCCAAAAAAUGGACCCACCCCAGAACGCAAAGUCAGUGUGCUUGAGGUGAAGACUCUACCAGAGCAAAAACCUGGAAUAAUUGGUACCAAGACUGUCAGUGAAACAUACGAGGAGAGUGACAGCUAUGGCAAUGUGUUUGUUUCUUCCAUGACUUCGACCGUUGUCACAAAUCACCCUGACAGUAAAACAUCUCCUCUAUUUGAAGUAGUGGGAAGCCCUCCUAGGUACGAAGUCAUGACCCCCCCUUUAUUGCAGAGAUCUGGGCUUCGGUUUGAAAAUACAGCCUCAAGAAACACCAAAGAGGAUGGAACAGCAUUUUUAACAUUCAGGCAACCAACACAAAAUAAGUAAUUGAAUGACUUAAUUUGACAAGAUUCCUGCAAACAAAGGGAGACUUUUAUUCCAUAAGUGUGUUUAUCUUUUAUGUCCAUGAAGGAGUUUUAACAAGUUUACUAUAACAAAAUGUUAAGUAUUUUAUUGUUGUUUCUUUUUUACUGUAACCAGCUGAUAAAAUACCUAUUAUGUUUGUCUAUUAAAUAAUAACCUUGUGACUUCUGAUGUGUAAAUCAUCAAAUAAAUUAAAG